AUGGGUCGGAUUCCAUGCUGUGAAAAGGAGAAUGUUAAGAGAGGACAAUGGACUCCUGAAGAAGACAACAAAUUGGCUUCUUACAUUGCUCAACAUGGUACUCGUAAUUGGCGCCUCAUCCCUAAAAACGCUGGAUUGCAGAGAUGUGGGAAGAGUUGUAGACUACGGUGGACAAACUAUUUACGUCCUGACCUGAAGCAUGGUCAAUUUUCUGAGGCUGAAGAACAUAUUAUUGUCAAGUUUCACUCUGUUCUUGGUAACCGGUGGUCGUUGAUUGCGGCACAGCUUCCUGGUCGAACAGACAACGAUGUGAAAAACUAUUGGAACACGAAGCUAAAGAAGAAGUUGUCGGGAAUGGGAAUAGAUCCCGUGACCCACAAGCCUUUCUCGCAUCUAAUGGCAGAGAUAACCACUACACUCAAUCCUCCUCAGGUCUCGCACCUCGCUGAAGCUGCCCUCGGAUGUUUCAAGGACGAGAUGCUUCACUUGCUCACCAAGAAACGUGUUGACCUAAACCAAAUCAACUUCUCAAACCCUAACCCUAACAAGUUUAACCAAAUCGCUGAUAACGAAGCUGGUAAGAUGAAGAUGGAUGGUCUGGAGAAUGGGAAUGGGAUAAUGAAGCUAUGGGACAUGGGAAACGGAUUCUCCUACGGAUCUUCUUCGUCUUCGUUUGGGAAUGAAGAGAAAAAUGAUGGAUCGGCGUCUCCUGCGGUUGCGGCGUGGAGGGGUAACGGUGGAAUACGUUCAGCGGUGGCUGAAACUGCGGCAGCCGAGGAGGAGGAGAGGAGGAAAUUGAAGGGAGAAGCGGUGGAUCAAGAGGAGAUUGGAUCUCAAGGAACAAGAGGAGAGAGCCAGCAUGAUCAACAUCAACAUCAUGUGUUUAAUGUGGACAAUGUCAUGUGGGAUUUACAAGCUGAUGAUCUCAUUAAUCACAUGGUUUGA